UGUUGUAACUGGGGUGCAUGAUGACCUUCCCUGAGUUGAACUGCUCAGUGCCCUCGUUGACGACAAUGUUGUGUGGUCACCUAGACACACCUGAAUGUGGCUGGGGAGAGAGGGUUAAUCAGAUGUACAAAUACAGUUAUGUCGAACAUACUGUAGAUGGCUUUGGUAAAUGUUUUUGAAGAAAGUUUCAUCAGUCACGACUUGUAGCAGUGAGCAGCAGAUGCCACCCAUGUGCUGGAGAUCAGGGAGCCACCACAGAAGUGGUACCCAGACUGCAGAGAUGCCUGGUAGGAUGCAGAGUUCUUUCUGCACUCAUACCCUCCAACAAUCUUGUCAUCCUCAUCGUCAAAUGGGGGCAGCGACUGAAAUACUGGAAGAAUCAGUGUGAAAUUGCAUGGAAAUACAACUCAUGCAAACAGAACGGUACACGUGUUCAGUAAAUAUUCCGAGUAUUAUCACAGGAUGGACACCAAUGCGAACUUAAACCAUUUCUCUCAACGAGUAAAGCAAGGACUUACAUGCAACAGCAAACAGAGCCAGGAGAAUACCGUACUUCAUGAUUGUGUUUUUUAGCUGCAACACAGGACUCAAUCAUGAAGACAAACUGUUAUAUACCCACUUCACCGGCCACAUUAUCUGAUCUUCUCAAGGAUUUGCACUUCUGUGAACAGUAGGCCUAUAUCUGACGCUCAGACAUUACUCUACCUGGGAAAGAAUUAUGUCCACCUGAAGUGACACGAGCAUCUGCAUUUUUCUUAUUCUUAUUUUCAUACACACAACUUAGGUGGCAGCUUAGUUGUAUAUUUUCUAACACUUGCAUGGUGGGUGGUUCCGUUGUCGUUUCCUUUCUCGCGGGUGUCUUCCUGUUCCAUAGGGUCUUAACACCAGUACAGUGCAGUCACAGAGACACAUUAGAAUACAGUGUAUGUUAUAGUUGAAUUGGUCCGACAGAGGAAAAUAACACGAUGUCUGAGUGUAUCAUUGACAGCAAAAAAUGCAUUAAAAAGGAGGAACAAGACUGUGGUGAUUCUGAUGAGUGGACUACGGUCAUAUUUGUCAGUGCAGAGACCCUGAAAGGGCAUUAUUCUGGUACCAAGAUAGAAGACACCACACCAAAGAGUAGACCUGGAGAAAGUAACUACGGCUCUGAGGGCUCGAUGGGGAGACGCUCCAGAGUUGCUGCAGCGUGUCUGGGCCUGCUGUGCCUUCUCCUACUGGCUGGGAUCAUGGUGCUGUUUGUCUACUAUAAUGGAGUCACUGUCAGUUUGAAGGAGAGGUUGUUAGUUUAUAGAACCAGCAACAACAACCUGACUGAACAAAGAGACGAGCUACAGGUCCAAAACAAAAACCUGGAUAAAGAAAAGGCCGAUCUAAAGAGAAGGUACAAUAUGUUGAAUCAAACCUGCCUUGAAGAAUGGAAGAAGUUUGGUUCCAGUUUGUACUACAUCUCUGACAGGACUGAAUCGUGGGAUGAGAGCAGACAGAACUGUCUAAACAGAGGAGCAGACCUGGUGAUCAUAAACAACAGAGCGGAACAGCAAUUCAUCUGUACAUUUAAAAGGUUUUUCUGGAUUGGUCUGACUGACAGAGAGACAAAGGGGACUUGGAAAUGGGUGGACGGGACACUAAUGACCACAGGGUUCUGGUCUCCUGGUGAGCCAAAUGGUGCCUCUAUCGACUCUACUGAGGACUGUGCUGAGGUUAACACCUUCAAUGACCAAAAGAAAAACUGGAAUGAUCUCAGGUGUCGUGAACGGCGGCACUGGAUUUGCGAGAAAUUGGCUGAUCAGUAGCUCAACCUGGUACAUGCCUCAGAUAAACGCGUGCAAACACACCUACAGGUCACACACCAUCUGCAAGACUGAAACAAUUCCCCAUGACAUCAUCUCAAUGAGCAAACAGUACCAACUGUUCUUGUCCAGACUAAACAUCUAUUCUAUGUGUUAAAAUUGUACCAAACAUAUCAACUUUGUUAUGUUUAUUUUUGUCAUAUCUGCCAUGUUUUUCCUGUAAUAUACCAAGAAAAAUUCCUAAUGUAUAAUAGAGCAUUACAUUAUUCUAUUUCAUUUAAAUACAUUCUAGUGACAAUCUAAAAAAUGAUUUCCUGUCCCUGAAUAUUGAAAAAGAAAACCUUUCAUGAAUUUAUAUGCAAUCAAAUACAUUCUG